UAUUCUGUAGAGUGUUAGUUCUAUCUGCACCCAUUUAAGUUCUAUCAUAGGUCAUGUUAGUUCUAUCAUAAUUCAUGUCGUACCACGUACUAAUUUACACCAUGUUAGUUCUAGAUGCAGCCAUAUUUUAUUCUCUUUAGUCUAGUCUAGUAUUAAAUGUUAAUGGUAAAUAUAUUAUUUGGUACAGCUUUGGUACUACGAGAUGACAGGCAUAAAGAAAUAUGCCCUCUUAGACACCUCCAGACCUCCAAUGACAAAUUGGGCAUCAGGGGAGGAGAGAAUCGCAUCUAUGAGGAUGCCGACAAUUAUUUCAAAGGCUAAGUCAGCGUCAAUAACAUUUGUCCAUAGGCCUAUUGCGGAGGUCGCUUCUCCUGGUCAUGUUCAUUCACUUCCCGCUGAACAGAGGGAUGAAGUUCUUCAGCAAAAGCGUCAGGCAAAGAGGAAGACUUUGCAGGAAGAAACUACUAAGAACUUCUCAAUAGGUUACAUCAUGGCAAAGCAUAUUGACGUUGCUUUUGACGAUGAAGAGGAGAUCAAUGUUCUUCCCAUUGAGCAGCAACUCACAUUUUGGAGAAAUUCUGCUAAAUUUCUCAAGCGACUUCUUGUUGCUACAAAGCAGACCAAGAGCAAAUAUUGUAAAGAAUUCAUGAUUGAGAUCAACAGGCUUAACAGGAUAAUUGAAAAAUGUGGAAGACAUGAUGAGGUUAUAGACCCGGUGCUGCUUAAGUCAAAUAUCAAACAGAAAAUUGCAAAUGAAAUUAGGAAGAAGCGACGGGGAGCUCAAGAGGAACAGAAGUCCAAAACAAGCAGUGUAUAUAAGGAAGAGCCCACCAGUCAAGAACAUGUACAUAAGAUUGUUGAAGAGGAUGUAAAGCAUCUUGCUGACGAUGAGGCAAUAGAAGAGGAGCCAGUUACUUCUCCAGGGGAGGGGGUAUAUAGUAAGGUUGACCAGACUGUAGAUACUAAGGUUGAGGAUAGUGUAAAUAAGGAAGAGGAGCAUAUGGAACAUAUUGUAGAUAUGGAAGAGGAGCAUAUGGUAGAUAAGGAAGAGGAGCAUAUGGAAGAUAUUGUAGAUAAUGAAGAGGAGCGUAUGGUAGAUAAGGAAGAGGAGCAUAUGGUAGAUAAGGAAGAGGAGCAUAUGGAAAAUGAAAAUUUUAUUGUAGAUAACAAAGGUUUUGAUGAGGAUACUGUUGAUGGUGUAGAUAAGGAGGAAGAUAUUGUAGAUAAAGGCAAGGAGAAUGUAGAUAAGUUGGAAGCACAGGAGGAAGAGGAUCUUGUGAAUAUUGAACAUGAUGUGGACAAACUUGUAGAUGUUCUAACGAGCAAUGUGGAAGCAAAGCGUAGACCAAAGGCAAAAAGGGUAAGCAUGAGAUCUAAAUGGAAGAGGACACCAUAUACUGAAGGCAAAAGAAAGAAAAAGGAAAAAAUUCGUAUAGAUAUACUUCAAAGUCCUGAACCAAAAGUAAAACUAGCUGAAAAAGUUACUCAUUUUUACCCCAGUAUUCAAAUCCCCACUUUUGAUGCGUUGAGUUUCAAGCCAAUGACAGAUGAAGAGGAAGCUCUAUUGGGAGAGCUGAAUAAUGAGCUUCCAGACCCUACAUUGUUUAACUUACGCAUAAUAGAUAGCACAGGUGCUUUUGUACAUAAUUUAAAGAUACCAUCUCCCGUAGCAGAAAGACUCGACAAAGCUGAAAUUGAGAGCCUAACCAAAUUUUGUUCUCAGAAGAUUCACAAGAGAUAUAAUGUUAUAGUAACAACCAACAGCACUAUUAACAGGGAAGAGUUGUUAUAUGUGCUUCGUGGUGGCCGCCUUGACGACAAGGUGGAAGAAGCAAUUUUGGACACGAUUAGCCAGGAGGCAUACGGCAAAGGAUAUGGAGUGGUAUCAGUAGUGUUAGUUCUAUUCUGUAACAAAUAUACCGCAUACCGCAUAGAGCAUCUCUUGAUCCCUUUGGUCAGGGACGACCAUUGGCAUCUUGUAGAAGUUGACCUUAAAGAUAAAGUCGUCAAGCAUUACAGCUCCGCUGGGCACGAAGCUUGGAUGGAGCCUGUUAAUAAAAUCAUAAAAUUCUUUGAUGCCCAUCAUGCUGAUUUUAUUGAAGACAAUGUGCGCCAAAUAUUUAGAUAUCAAGCCAUCAAAUGCGAGCAACAAAGAGGACGCUUUGACUGUGGUGUGUUCGUCUACCUCUUUGUAAAAUCCAUAAUUGAAGGACGAUCAACAUUGCUGGUUAAUCCUCCGAACGAUAUCCCUGAAGCUAUGCGAGCAAGACUUGCCGCACAAUUAUUACUGGCUGGUUUUGAACAAAGACAUAAAGAAGAAACAGUGUACAGUGAUGAAUGAUAUGUUCAUACAAAUACAAUAAUGUAUGUAUAUUUAAGUAAUUGAAAAUGAUUGUUAUCAGAUGUAUUGUUCUAUCUGUACCAUGUUCGUUCUA